GAUAAUCAGAGCUAGCAGGGCAGAAUGGACGUGACGCUCCAAACCUGAUAAACACAUGUUAGCGUCCUGAUCAGAGCAGGACACUUCACCCGGAUGUGCAGCGACUGACGCGCAGUGAUUUCACAGCUGGACUCGACCUGGUGUGUUCACACGACGCGGCAUGACGUGCUCCGGCUGACCUGUUAGCUAGCCAGGCUAAACAACACAAUGCUGUCACUGCCAAAGCUAAAGGCUACACUCCGAGUUGUUGUUGUUUUCUAGAAGCCCGGGUCCGUGUUAACGUUACACACAUCUAACGCGUGUCACAGCGGGGUGUAAACAGCGAGACGUGGUGUGCUGGUGCAUUACAGGCUCGACAUGGGGAAAGGCUGUAAAGUGGUGGUGUGUGGCCAGGCAGCAGUUGGGAAAACUGCCAUUUUGGAGCAGUUGCUAUACGGAAAUCACUCUGUAGGCUCUGAGUCCAGUGAGACCCAGGAGGACGUGUACGUGGCCUCGGUGGAAACUGACCGCGGUGUGAAGGAGCAGCUGAGGCUCUACGACACAAAGGGUCUCCACGAUGGACAAGACCUCCCCAAGCACUACUACUCCGUGGCAGACGGCUUCGUACUCGUCUACAGCGUCGACAGCUUGGAGUCUUUCAAGAAGGUGGAUUUUCUGAAGAAGGAAAUCGACAAAUCCAGAGAUAAAAAAGAGGUGACGGUGGUGGUGCUGGGGAACAAGACGGACCUGCGGGAGCGUCGGCAGGUGGACCAGGAGGUGGCGCAGCAGUGGGCGAGAGGUGAGAAGGUGAAGCUGUGGGAGGUGAGCGUCACCGAACGCAACUCGCUCAUCGAGCCCUUCACCCAGCUGACCAGCCGCCUCACCCAGCCUCAGAGCAAAUCCUCCUUCCCUCUGCCAGGGCGCAAAAGCAAAGGCACUCCGUCCAACGACAUGUGA